AAAAGAAUAUGAUAGAAGUAUUUAAGGCUCAAUAUGUUUCUCUACAUGUUCGUAAGAGUAAUCGUGCUGCCUUACAUCUAUAUAAAGAUACUUUGAAAUUCAGAAUUCAUGAAGUAGAAAAGAAAUACUAUGCUGACGGAGAAGAUGCUUAUGCUAUGAGAAAAGAUUUACCACAACUUGAAGCAUUGACAUAA